AUGGCAGCAUCGACAGUGUCUUCGCCGUACAGACAUCACCAACAAAGUCACAAUGGAGGGAAUCACCAGAUCCUUCUGAGCUCCCCUCCAGCGGCGGCUUCCAUUACGCCCAACAAUAGCAAUGCCGGUUCGACGCUGGACACUUCGCCACAUGCACUUUUAAACGGCGCAGCAGUAACAGCGUCAGCGGCCGUCUCACCCGGCAUCGGAUUCUCACUGGCCAAUGGUGGCGACGAGCAGCCGAUCCUGAUGGGCGCCCUUUCGGCAGCAGAUGCCGACGAUGCCUUCCACCAUCAUCUGCAUCAUCACCAUCAUCAUCCGGUAGGAAGUGUGCUGAUGUCGUCACCACAUCGUCAUCACCACCAUCUAUACCAUCAUCCACAUCAUCAUCCGGACUAUCAUCACCAUGCAGCGGCGGCCGCGGCCCUCCUGGGAGGAUUCGGUGCUGCCGCCAGUUCUGUCUCAUCAGCCGAUGCAGCAAACACAGACUGCGUUACCGAUCGGGAAGACUCCGAUGGGUUCCUUUCGGUGGCCACCAUUUCCUCCGGUCAUUAUUGUCUCGGCGGAGAUGUAGCUGCAAGCUCGUCCGAGAUGGCCGCAGUGGUCGGUGGCGGUACUAGUGAUGAUGGUGUUGAUGGAACGUCACUCGAAGGAGCAGGCGCUGAUGGUAGCGAUAGCAACAACAGAGUAGGAGGCGGUGUUGUCGGUUCAGCUAGUAGCAACGGUGUACUGCGAUCUAGUGAUCGAUCAUCAUCGUCUUCGUCUACAUUAGCGGCGGCCGUUGCGGCCAGUACGGCAGCGGCUGCAGCUGCUGCGGCAGCCGUUGUGGCUGCUUCGAACCAUCAUCAUCAUCAUCAUCAUCACCAACAUCACUCCCAUUUGCAGCAGCAUCCGUCGGAGUUGCAGUACCAUCAUCAUCAUCAUUCGCAUCGCCCGUUGCCGGUGGAUAUAUCGGCGCUAUAA